CCAAGAUCUUCUUCCCGCGAUGGCUGAGAUUAAAAUGGAUUGUGCAAUGACGCUCUGCGGACGAAGAAACCUUACGCUUGCUUGAAGUGUCAUCCGGUCUCCUGUCACCUGUCAUCAGGGUAUACAACACACCACCAUCACAACAUUUCAAACUCGGACUGCUCUGAUGGAACGCUUCAUAGAUAAAAGAAGAGUAUAUGCUUUUACCCCUAGAGUCUAGGGCCUAGAAGACAAUAUUAGAAUACCCCGUUUAUUACCUUACAAAAUAUAGCACUUGAGCAUAGAAACUUAUUAGCAGAAACUUAUAAGAUAACAUGCAUUGUUUCUCAAAAUAACUGCCAGCUAGAUUUUUGAUGUGUUUGAAUUUGCUGUUCCAUUACUAUUGUUAAAUUAUGGCAGAAGAUAACGGUAGUCGCAGCAAGAGAGCGCGUUAUUACAGUAAGGGUAAUAAAGCAAAACAUUUUAUUCAACCUGGAUUGAAGGGAUUUAUGAUCACAUGUAAUUUCCGUGAAAAGGAUUGCAUUAGAGAAGCCUAUAAUAUUUUAAACCAAUAUGUCGAUAAGGAUGAUGUUUGCACACAUUCAGAUGAAGAAGGACAAGGAGACGUAAAUGACAUAUCAGAUCAGUUAACAAAAGCCAUAGACUCUGCAAAAACAAAUAUUCAAGUGGCUGAUAAGAAAAAACGUUUCCAAGUUGUGGAAACUGGGGCUUCCAAUUGUUUAUUUAUAUCAACCACUCUUGAUAACCCUGUGCCAUUUGCAAUGAAAAUAAUUCAAGACAUAGCUAAUACUAAGAGACAAGAAACAAGAUACUUAUUAAGAUUAGUUCCAAUUGAGAAAGUCUGCAGAGCAAAUAUUUCAGAUAUAACUAACACAGCUGGCGCUUUGUUUGAUCAAUAUUUUCUUAAGGAGCCUACAACUUUUGCUAUAGUUUUUAAUAGAAGAUAUAAUAAUUCAGUAAACCGAGAGGAUGUCAUUAAAACUUUGGCUGAUUUAAUUGGACAAAAGAAUGUUUUAAAUAAAGCUGACUUGAAAAGUGCUAAAUUAUGUGUGAUAGUAGAAAUUAUUAAAGGACUAUGUUUACUUAGUGUAGUUCCUGAUUAUUUUCAACUUAAAAAAUUUAAUCUUUUAGAAUUAUCUCAAAAACCAAAAGAAGAACCUGAAAAUGUUGAAUCAAGCCUAGAAGCGAAAGAUGAGGCUGUAAAAACUUAAACAAAAACAAUAUACUAUAUAUUAAUGUGUUAAGAAAGACUUUUUUUUAGAAUUAUUGUGAAAUUUCUUCUAUAUAUUUAAUAAAUACUCCUUA